AUGGCGCUGCGCCUGGCCGCCCCGCUGCUACGCCCCCUCCGGAGCGGCGUCCGCUGGGGGGGCUCGGCCCCCCCCCCAAAAGCCUUCGACUGGCGGGACCCGCUGGGGCUGGAGGGGCUACUGGCCCCCGAGGAGCGGCUACUGCGAGACACCAUGCGCAAGUACUGCCGGGAGCGGCUGCUGCCCCGCGUCCUGCACGCCAACCGACAUGAGGUCUUUGACCGGGAGAUCGUGUCGGAGAUGGGAGCGCUGGGGGUGCUGGGCCCCACCAUCAAAGGGUACGGCUGUGCGGGCACCACCUCGGUGGGCUACGGGCUGGUGGCGCGGGAGCUGGAGCAGGUGGACAGCAGCUACCGGUCGGUGCUGAGCGUCCAGUCCUCCCUCGUCAUGCACCCCAUCAUGGCCUACGGGACCCCCGCCCAGCGGGACCGCUUCCUGCCCCCCCUGGCACGGGGGGAGAUGCUGGGGUGCUUCGGUCUGACGGAGCCCAACCACGGGAGCGACCCGGGGCGCAUGGAGACACGGGCACGGUACAACCCUGGCGCGAAGACCUACACGCUGCGGGGCUCCAAGACCUGGAUCACCAACGCGCCGGCGGCCGACCUGUGCCUGGUGUGGGCAGUGUGUGAGGGGGACGGGAAGGUGCGGGGAUUCCUGCUGGAGCGAGGGACCCCCGGCCUCAGCACCCCCAAAAUCGAGGGCAAAUUCUCGCUCCGCGCCUCCGCCACUGGCAUGAUCGUGAUGGAGGAUGUGGAGGUGCCAGAGGAGAACCUGCUGCCCCACGCCGAGGGCCUGGCGGGACCCUUCGGCUGCCUGAACCAUGCACGCUACGGCAUCGCCUGGGGCGCGCUGGGCGCCGCUGAGACCUGCCUGGAGACGGCACGGCAAUACGUCCUUGACAGGAACCAGUUUGGGGGUCCGCUGGCACGCAACCAGCUGGUGCAGAAGAAGCUGGCCGACAUGGUGACAGAGAUCGCCCUGGGGCUGCAGGCCUGCCUGCGCCUCGGCCGCCUCAAGGAUGAGGGCAGGGCGGCCCCCGAGAUGGUGUCGAUGCUGAAGCGCAACUCAUGCGGGAAGGCGCUGGCCAUCGCCCGGGAGGCGCGGGACAUGCUGGGGGGGAACGGGGUGUGCGACGAGUACCACGUCAUCCGGCACCUCAUGAACCUGGAGGCUGUCAACACCUACGAAGGCACCCACGACAUCCACGCGCUCAUCCUGGGACGAGCCAUCACUGGCAUCCAGGCCUUUGCCCCCAGCAAGCCGCCGGCACCGCGAGGAUAAAUGGGAUGGGGACGGCAUCUGGCACCACGGCAGCGGCACGUGGCUGCGACGCUCUGUGGUAUGACAGGCCUUGUGCCACCACCGUGGCCAGGACGUCACCCGUGGGAGACGCAUCCAUAGACUGGACCCGUGUCACCGACGGAAUCAGCUGUCACCAAUCGGACCCAUAUCACCGACUGGAUCCCACGUUACCAAUGGGACACGUAUCACCAACCACAGUGUCACCAACAGGACAAGUUAUCACCGAACGGACCCGCUGUCACUGACAGGACUCGGUGUCACCGGUGGGACCGGGCAGCCCCCUUUGUGCCGGGCUUUGCCACCGCGGAGCCUUUUGGCCAGUGAACUGCCCUGCUGCCUUUGCCGUCUUUGCGG